CUGCUUCCCAUUCACAGUCACGUGGUCCCAUCAGUGAAUUGCCAUUAGCGGAGUUUGAGUCCAGUGGGCUCCUGUAGGGGGCUGUGACGUCACCAGCAAGUUGUCACUCGUGGUCUCCAGUGCCUGAGAAUUCAAGAGAGAGAUACAGACAGACAGACAGACACAGACAGAAAAACAUAACAAGAGACUGAGAGAGAGAGACUGAGAACAUGAAGAACAAGAAACGGAGUGACCAGAGCCAUGCUGAGCUCAUGAUGAUGACUAUUUCUGAUGUCAUCAAACAACUCCUUGAGGCCCAUGAGCAGGGAAAGGACGUCAAUCUGAACAAACUUAAAACCAAAACAUCUGCCAAAUAUGGCCUGUCUGCCCAGCCUCGCCUUGUCGAUAUCAUUGCCGCAGUCCCUCCUCAGCACCGCAAAGUUCUUGUUCCGAAGCUCAAGGCAAAGCCAAUCCGGACAGCAAGCGGGAUCGCGGUGGUCGCGGUUAUGUGCAAACCUCACAGAUGCCCUCAUAUCAAUUUUACUGGAAACAUCUGUGUAUACUGUCCAGGGGGUCCUGAUUCAGACUUUGAAUAUUCGACACAGUCGUACACUGGAUACGAGCCGACAUCAAUGAGAGCGAUCCGUGCCCGCUAUGACCCUUACUUACAGACCAGGCAUCGAGUCGAACAGCUAAAGCAGCUUGGCCACAGCGUGGACAAAGUGGAGUUCAUUGUUAUGGGGGGGACCUUUAUGGCUCUUUCAGAGGACUACAGAGACUACUUUAUCCGGAACCUGCAUGAUGCAUUGUCUGGGCAUACGUCCAACAACGUCUCCGAAGCCGUGCGGUUCUCAGAGAGAAGUAAUACAAAGUGUGUUGGAAUUACCAUUGAAACCAGGCCGGAUUAUUGUCUGAAGCGGCAUUUGAGUGAUAUGUUAUCAUAUGGCUGUACCAGGUUGGAAAUUGGGGUACAGAGUGUCUAUGAAGACGUGGCUAGAGAUACAAAUAGGGGGCACACUGUCAAAGCUGUGUGUGAGUCUUUCCACCUGUCCAAGGACGCAGGCUUUAAAGUCGUAUCACAUAUGAUGCCAGAUCUGCCCAACGUAGGCCUAGAACGGGAUAUUGAGCAGUUCAUUGAAUUUUUCGAGAACCCCGCAUUCCGACCUGAUGGGAUGAAGCUGUACCCAACGCUAGUUAUUCGUGGCACUGGCUUGUACGAGCUGUGGAAGACUGGACGAUACAGGAGUUAUUCACCAAGCACUUUGGUUGAUUUGGUAGCUCGGAUUCUGGCUCUUGUUCCACCAUGGACGCGUGUCUACAGGGUGCAGAGAGAUAUCCCAAUGCCUCUGGUAAGCUCAGGAGUGGAACACGGCAAUCUGAGGGAGCUUGCUCUAGCCAGAAUGAAGGACUGGGGCACCGAGUGUCGUGAUGUAAGAACCAGAGAAGUAGGCAUUCAGGAAAUCCAUCACAAACUCAGACCUUAUCAGGUGGAGUUAAUUCGGCGGGACUAUGUGGCCAAUGGGGGUUGGGAGACCUUCUUGUCGUAUGAAGAUCCAGAGCAAGACAUCCUCAUUGGAUUGCUGCGUCUGCGAAAAUGUUCGGAGCAGUCGUUCAGACCAGAGCUGAAGGGAGGUGUGUCGAUUGUGCGGGAGCUGCAUGUGUAUGGCAGUGUGGUACCUGUCAGCAGCCGUGACCCUUCCAAGUUCCAGCACCAGGGUUUCGGGAUGCUGCUGAUGGAGGAGGCCGAGCGUAUAGCGAGAGAGGAGCACGGCUCGUGGAAAAUUGCUGUUAUUUCAGGUGUGGGAACCAGGAACUAUUACAGAAAAAUCGGCUAUGAACUGGAAGGUCCGUACAUGGUGAAGAAACUGGACUAAGUACAGACAAGAGCUAGGGUAGACAAGCUGCCGUGGAAUACUCACUCGGCAACGUUUCCAUGUAAAAAAUCUGCCAAAAAGAAUUAAUUUAAUCUGAGUGAGACACGUCUUUCACUCCGCUCUGGAUUUUUGCAGCUAAGGAGUUAAAGUAACUUAAUAUUAUAAUAAAACAAAGAUCUGUUACAUUGUGUUUUUGUGCUUGCUCGGAAAUUAAUAAAAAGUAUUCCUUUAAUACAGGAAUAUUUAAUAAGGUGAGUAUUCUCUACAAAUAAAUAAUAUCAAUGAAAUGACCCUUGUCUAAUGGGGUAUGGACACAUUGCAUUAUGGGAGCUGUGUAUAUAUUUAAAUCAUAUUCUCGCAGAGUGUAUGUUUCUGAAUGUCUGAUCCAUAAAGUUUUUCUGAUGGGUACUUCUAGAUCCAACACGAGGUUUUAUCUAAAAUAUCCACUCUCCAAACAAGGUUUUUUGGGGGGCUGUAUUUUCUAAAUUUGCAAAUCGAAUGGAACAAUAUUAACCAAAAUAUAGCAAAUGGGGUAAUUUUGCAGUUUGGCUCUUACUGCAUUCACAGACUUGUUUACGGAUUAUAACGUGGCUAUUAAACUGUAAAUGUUACAAAUUA